AUGGACAACUCCUUAAAUGCAAAGCUUAAUAGAACAAAAAUUGAAAACCCUUGGUUCAUUUUUGGUGGCUCAUAUUCUGGAGCACUCAGUGCAUGGUUCCGUCUUAAAUUUCCCCAUUUAACAUGUGGAAGUCUGGCAAGUUCUGCGGUUGUUCUAGCUGUUUAUAACUUCACAGAAUUUGAUCGGCAGGUUGGUGAGUCAGCAGGUCCUGAGUGUAAAGCAGUGUUGCAAGAAGCUACUCAACUCGUUGAACACAAACUUGCAAGCAAUGGAAGGGAACUGAAGGCCGUCUUUGAUGCAGAUGAUGUAUGUUCUAUUCCUUUGUUACACUUUCCUUGCAAAAAUGGAGACUUUUUUUAUUAUUUGGCUGAUGCUGCUGCUACAGCAUUUCAGUAUGGAAAUCCAGAUAAAGUAUGUCUGCCUCUUGUUAAUGCAAAGAAGGCUGGAGAGGAUUUGGUGAGGGCAUGUCUUGGCACAAUGGAUGCUUAUGCCAAAUAUGUCAAAGAGUACUAUGCUGGGUCUUUUGGUGUUAAUGUACAGGUUUAUGAUCAGAAGUGGCUCCCUCAAAUGAUAGUAUUCGCUCCUCAAAAGUUGACACGAAGCAAGUUCCUCAUCCUCGCUCUUCGCUUUACAUCCUUCUCUAUUGACAGAAUUCUAUACCACUUGGACCUUUGCGAAAAUGUCUUUGGAAAGGGCACCUUUCCUGACGUUGAUGCAACUAAUUUAUACUACGGCGGCACAAAAAUUGCUGGUUCCAAAAUAAUAUUUACAAACGGCUCACAAGAUCCUUGGCGCCAUGCAUCCAAACAAACUUCAUCUCCUGCCAUGCCUUCCUACGUUGUCACAUGUUAUAACUGUGGCCACUGUUCUGAUUAUCGAGGAUGUCCUCAAUCUCCUUUCGCCAUUGAAGGUAAUGAGAAGAACUGCACCUCUCCUGAUGCAGUUCACAAAGUAAGGCUAAAGAUUUCUGACCAUAUGGACUUGUGGUUAUCUGAGUGUGUGGACACAGGCACCAGUUUUAUAUGA